AUGGUGUCCACAAUCCGCAGACACUUCAACACCAUCAAGACCCGAACCGGCAAGAAUUUGAUGAUCACCGACAUUAUGGCAAGUGAACAAGAGCCCGAGGAAACGCAGGAGUCCGAUACCGAGGACGACGAGAGCGGCGCGACGACAGUACGUUUUGAGCCCUCUGGGGCUCCAGAAUCAAGCCUGCCGCGAUGGAUGCGGGAAAAGCCGGGAGAUGUCGUGAUGAAGGAAGAAUCGAGAACGACUUUAUCGAGCGAGCCCAUGCCGUCUGAUCGUGGAACCGCUUGGUGGCCCGAGUUGCAUCCCGAACGAGCGUACCCACGUGAAGGCAUCCGGAUCAGGGCGCGCUACGAGGGACCGCUGGAAGCGAUUGUAGUGCCGGGCAAAGAGUUGGCAGUGGCUCUCGGGUCAGAUCAACCCUACGUGAGUGCCUCGGUGACGACGCCUGUGCAGCUUCAGUACACGGCGGCAUUGCCUCCUAGCCGAGGUCCCACAGAGCCAUACCCCGGAGGCGACCUGCAAUCUAAGCGCAGAGUACAAUCAGGACGCCCACUACCGAGUUCAGGCAACCAUCGCUACGCCAGAGGUGCCGUCACCGGGCCGCCCAACCCCGCGCCCGAGCGAAGCGGCGCGCACAGAGGCAGACGCCGGCCGAAGCACGAGCCCCGGGCAAGACUCACAGGAAGACAGCUCGCCGCCAAGGGGAUCUUUGCGACGAGGAAGAGCUCGGUGCCAUUGCCGUCCGAAUGGCGACAGGACGAGACAGGACGCUAG